CUUUGUUUUGGGUGAUUAAUUAACUUUUCACUCUUUAUUCACAUGCACUCCCUUCCAUGACAAUAUUUCAUAUAAAAUAAUAUGUAAUUAAAUUAUUUUCCUUUACAAGAGGGUAGUACUUAGUAGUGGCCAAGAAAGGAAAACACCAAAUAUAAAUCUAUACAUAUUAAUUCGAUAAAAAAGAAAUACCAAAUAUUCUGAAUCUUAAAAUAUGGAACAUUAAAUAGGACAGAUCAACUUUCUCUCUCUCUAAAUAUGUGCAUGGAAAUGCGUGUCAAUGUCCAUUGAAGCUGCAAAACUCAUAAAACGUUUCCUUACUGCUUCUCCUUUCCAUUAAUAAAUACUCUCUCAGCCUCUUUUUUCUCUUCCUCCUUCACUUGUCCACUGUACCACUCAAAUUACUCAGACAGAGAGAAAGAGAGAUCCACCAUUGUUGCUACAUCAACCUCUUCCCUCAGAUCUCCGCCGUUGACUACAUGAUGAUCAGAUCCUUUGCAAGAGAGUUUAAGUUUUUUAGCAGAAGCAGCAGUUCAGGUAUUGGUUUGGUGUGUAAAGGCUCCAGAUUUUAUUCAUCAACAAGUGGCGGUGGAAGGCUACAAGGUAAAGUAGCCUUAAUAACAGGGGCCGCAAGUGGGCUUGGUAAGGCCACAGCCCACGAGUUCAUUCGGAAUGGGGCCCAUGUUGUCAUUGCUGAUAUAAACACUCACUUGGGCCCACAAGUUGCCAAUGAACUGGGCCAUGCAGCCUAUUUUGUCAAAUGUGAUGUUACAAUCGAGGCCCAAGUUGCAGAAGCUGUAGAAGCUGCUAUGGCCCGUCAUGGAAAACUCGAUAUCAUGUACAACAACGCCGGAAUUACCGGUCCGGUUAUCCCGCCAAGCAUAGCUGACCUAGAUUUAGAUGUGUUCGACCGUGUUAUGGGAAUCAAUGUUAGGGGCACCAUUGCUGGAAUCAAGCAUGCAGCUCGAGUUAUGAUACCCAAGGGUUCAGGGUCCAUCCUUUGUACGGGAAGCAUUAGUGGAUUAAUAGGUGGUAUGGGACCACAUUCUUACACUAUAUCCAAAUCCACAAUACCCGGUAUGGUAAAGACUGUUGCCACAGAGCUUAGCCAAACUGGGGUCCGAAUCAAUUGCAUAUCACCAGGCCCAAUUCCAACUCCACUUUCAGUGGGCCAAAUAGGCCAAUUUUACCCAAAAGCAACAGAAGAGCAACUGAAUGACAUAGUGAAUGGGUUUGGGGAGUUUAUAGGGGCAAAGUGUGAAGGAAUAGAUGUGGCCCAAGCUGCAGUGUAUUUGGCAUCAGAAGAAGCCAAGUAUAUAACAGGUCAUAACCUGGUUGUUGAUGGAGGCUUCACAUGCUUUAAAACACUUAAAUUACCUUCCUUUGAUCAAUUCAUGUAAUCAUCCAAACGCUGUCUUAUUCAUUUAUCUCUCUCUUUUUUUUCUUUUUCUUUUUUUUGUUUUCUGGUGGGUGUUGUAGAUUCUUUCUUUGUUAUGAUGUAUAAUAACUGUUAAAUUAAUUUGUGAGGAACCUAAUGGCUAUAAUGUAAAUAAUAUGUAAUUAGGGGCAAGAAAUAAAUAAAAGAAAAUAGAGGAAGAUUAUAACA